GGUUGACUUCUCUCUCCAGAGGCUGACAGGACACACGUCAAACCAUGGUCAUGUUGCGGAGGUGCAUUUUUAACAGGAUUUACCAACAGUUUUAUUCAUGCAGUCAAUUAAGCUCUAAAAGUCUUCCAUCAGCUGGGGUUCCUUCUGCAGUGUUGGGUGGACACAGAGCCGCUUGGCACAGGAGCAAUUCAACUGUUCCGGAUCUAAGGGAGCGGACUCUUAUUGCUGUAAAGCCAGAUGGAGUUCAGCGUCGUCUCAUAGGACAAGUCAUCCAGCGCUUUGAGCAGCGGGGCUUCAAGCUGGUUGGCCUGAAAAUGCUGCGGGUGUCUGAGGAUCUCCUGUCUCAGCACUACACUCAUCUGAGGACUAAGCCCUUCUAUCCCAGGCUGGUGGAGUACAUGACCUCAGGGCCUGUGGUUGUCAUGGUGUGGGAAGGGCACAAAGUAGUCCAGGCAACCCGUACAAUGGUGGGACAUACUAACCCAGCUGAGGCCCAGGCAGGCACAGUCAGAGGAGAUUUCAGCUUUCAUGUCAGCAGGAAUGUGGUUCAUGCAAGUGAUUCACUGGAGACGGCACAGAGGGAGAUUGGGUUGUGGUUUCAGAAAAAGGAGCUCCUGAACUGGGACUGCAUUGACAAGACCAUCACCUGUGAGGUGUGAAGAUGCUGAGAGGCAGACGCAGUGAGAAUCAGAAAUACUACCUCUUCUCCUGCUGCUCAAAGGUGUGUCCUUUGUGACGGUGUGAUGACACCACAGUGAUUGCAACAGAUGAGUCAAAUUCAGUGUUCCUACCAAAUAAUUUACCUCAGUAUCAGUGCACUUAGAGUCACAAAGAUUUUUGUUGAAACAAAUGUGACUGACUUUUUUUUUUAAUCAAGCUACAUUAGCAGCAAUGCACAUACAAAUAUAGCUGUUACAUCUUUAAUUUAAGAGCAAUAAUAGGAGCAGUUGUGACUCAGGGUGAGAUGUGUGUAGUAAUCAUUUGUCAUUCUGGACCCUGCAACAGAUAAAUAUAGUAUUGUGAAUAUGUGCAAAACACUGAGCUGCAGUUUGGAGCCAUAGUGGAUUAACUUAAAGGAAUUCUUCACCUACAAAAUGAUCAUUUAGAUAUCAGUUACUUCCCUUUCUCCACGGUGAACAAAGAAUCCAAAUAAGAGAGAGUUCUUGGAUGGUGUGAAUGGCUAUAUCAGGCUACACAUUUUAAACUACCUAUAUAAAUUCAUGGAAAUGGGCUAAAAUAUUAUGAUCAUUUUGUGGGUGUAGUAUUCCCUUAAUUAAAUCCGACUGACAGACGUAGAUAUUGUCAGUGGCUCAGCACCUGAUUUACAGCUGAAGUGUAUUGUAUGUGGCGCAAAGUAGGUCAAACGUCAACAAUAAAUCUGGAUAGCUAUUGGUCUGGAUAGUCUAAAGUGCUGUAAAGUUACAAGUUACUUCAUGUCAAAAAUUGAAGUAUUACCAAGCAAUAAAGAAAAAGUAAGAUUUAAUUUGUCAUUUGUAGGAGUUGACUUUCUACUGUUUGAUAAUCAUGCACAGCUCCAGCAGGCUAAUAGAUUGAUAAUAAAAAUAUCACAAAUUUUUCCUUAAUGUGAGGUAAUAAUAACUAAUACAUUAAAUGUUACAUACAGUAGUGUUGUUUUGGGAGCAGUCUAUGAAAUGCACUAAAAAAUGUUUUUAGAGGCGUCUACCGACAAGUGCAGUAUGUCCUCAACUACUAGUGUAAUUAUCCUACUUUAAAACUGUAAUCUUGUACAUUUUUGUAACCAAAAUUGUUAAAUGAUAUGCCUACCUCUGUUUAAAAGAAGAAAGAAAUUAAAUAAGAGGGUGAAUGGUUUCAAGUGCACAAUUUUGUCAGGGAUUGUCUGAAAUUGGACUAGCUGAUCGUAGUUAGCCAAAAUAUUACGUAAAAUGUGUUGGUGCUAUCAGUGUAUAAAUGUGCUUCAGCAAUAUAAUGGUGAUUUAUCUCCGCCUGUUUUGAUUGAGCAUUGAAUGAUGCAGAUUUUAUGUAUGUCGACAUUUGAGUGUCACUAAAAAAAUGACUUCAGUCUUGUGUUGCACUCAUUAUGUAUAAUUAAAUUACUAAUCUAGAUUCAUUAAUCUUAUGAAAAAUGGUAUGUUUUGAUCAUAUAACUUGUCGAUCUCAUAAGGAAAAAAAGGGUUGUGGUAAACUCAUAUAAAUGACACAAAAAUACACUUAACUUAAAUUUUAUUCAAGCCACUAUAUUAACAGCAAUGUAUCCCCUUUGUUGCUGUGUUGUUGAGCAUUAUGUCAUGAUAUGCUCCACAGCCUAAGUCUCAAAAACACAGAAUCAGAAAUCAUUUUAGUCUCCAUAGAAAAUCAUAGAAUGAGGACUGAAACUGUGUAUUCAUCAUGUAUCAGUUGAAUGUGUAUUUGGUCCAAAAGAGCAUCUGGCUGCAACAAGUGACACUGUAUUAACACAGAUUGAUGUGCAAGCAAUAAAAACUCAAUCAAUUAAACAUCUGUAGAGUCAUCGAUAUUCUUGAUAGAAUGUACCUU